AUGCUCCAACAUUUGUGUCAAAUCAGACCAUGUAUUACUCUUGGGAAGGCAAUCCCAUCAAUAUAAGCUGUGAAGUGCUAGCAAAUCCAUCUGCCUCAGUUCAGUGGAAAAGAGGAAAAUUAGUUUUACCAGUUAAAAAUACGACACAUCUGAAGACCUACAGUACAGGAAGAAAGCUGAUUCUAGAGAUUGCUCCCACAUCUGACAGUGAUUUUGGACGGUAUAAUUGUACAGCCACAAACAGAAUAGGAACAAGAUAUCAGGAGUAUACACUUGGUCAAGCUGACGUGCCAUCUAAUCCUUCUGGAGUACGAGUUUUAGAGUUGUCACAAACCACUGCCAAAGUUUCCUUCAAUAAGCCGGAUUCACAUGGAGGUGUGCCCAUUCAUCAUUACCAAGUGGAUGUAAAAGAGUUAUCCUCAGAAACCUGGAAAAUAGUUCGCUCCCAUGGAGUUCAAACAAUGGUUGCUCUCAGCAAUUUGGAACCAAAUACAACGUAUGAAAUCAAAGUAGCUGCUGUAAAUGGAAAAGGGCAAGGAGAGUAUAGCAAAAUUGAGAUCUUCCAGACCCUACCUGUCCGGGAGCCAAGCCCCCCUUCAAUUCAUGGACAACCAGGAAGUGGCAAGAGUUUUAAACUUAGCAUAACUAAACAAGAUGAUGGAGGUGCCCCCAUUUUGGAAUAUAUUGUCAAGUACAGAAGUAAAGAUAAGGAAGACCAGUGGCUAGAGAAAAAAGUGCAGGGUAGUAGAGACCACAUCAUCUUAGAGCAUCUUCAGUGGACCAUGGGUUACGAAGUACAAAUUACAGCUGCCAACAGACUGGGUUAUUCUGAACCAACAUUGUAUGAAUUCAGCAUGCCACCAAAGCCCAACAUUAUUACAGACACUCUUUUUAAUGGUCUUGGACUUGGUGCUGUCAUUGGCCUGGGAGUGGCAGCCCUUUUGUUAAUCCUGGUUGUGACUGAUGUUAGCUGCUUCUUUGUACGACAAUGUGGAUUGCUAAUGUGCAUCACCAGGAGGAUCUGUGGGAAAAAGAACGGUUCAAGUGGAAAAAGUAAAGAACUGGAAGAAGGAAAGGCUGCUUACUUGAAAGAUGGAUCAAAAGAACCAAUAGUGGAAAUGAGAACAGAGGAUGAAAGAAUUACCAAUCAUGAAGACGGGAGCCCAGUAAAUGAGCCAAAUGAAACAACUCCCCUCACAGAGCCAGAGAAGCUGCCACUAAAGGAGGAAAAUGGGAAAGAAGCUUUAAAUCCAGAAACCAUAGAAAUCAAAGUUGCUAAUGACAUCAUCCAGUCAAAAGAAGAUGAUAGCAAAGCAUAAUAAGAUAAACUACAGCUGUCUGGAUAAUGCAUUUGGAUCGAAGUAACCACGUGACCAAAACUUUGCAGCUGACCUUAAUUUCUUAGGAAACUUAAGCUUGGAAUAGCUAGUACAUGUGUACAUAUGAUGAAACAGUUUCUGUCUACAGUUCCUUUCUAUUUUUUUGUUAAUUGUUUUAGUAUGUAUUUUGCUGACACCA